CAUGUAUUUUCUGAAACCAAAAUUACCACUCUUUUUCUACCAGGGCUAUAUUUUCUUUGAUCCACGAGCAAAUAUAGCUGUGAUGGAAGAAAAACAGAGCUUAAUGACCUAGAGAGAGAAAGCUAUAGAGAGAGAAACAGAGAGAGAUUUAUGUCAAACGAGAAAAAAAAUAAGAGAGCUUUAAAUGCGAGUUGGUUGAUGUGGUUUUCAUUUUCCCUUCUUCUCUUACGGACUAAGCAAUACACCUUUCCAUCCAUCUUCCCUUUGUAUAUAAAUAUAUAUAUAUACACAUAUUUAUAUAGAGGGAGAUAUUCAAAGCUUUGAAAAGGGUUUUAAAUUCGUUCAUAUUUUUGCUUUAAACUCAACAGACAUUCAGCUACAAAUCCAAAAGCCUUGUUCUUCUGCUAUAAACGCAAACAGCAAUGGAUUUUAUUGCGCACCCAUCUCAUUUGUCUCCUUCCUAUUCGUUUUCGUUGGGGAAUUUCGUCGAACGGGUCAAGGAUUUCUGCAACUUCGCCGUCUCUGUGGUUCUCGGGAACGUUUUCUCUGCGAUCUUCACCUUCUUCUUUGCAUUAGUGGGCAGCACGUUAGGAGCAAUGACUGGAGCUUUGAUAGGGCAAGAAACUGAGAGUGGAUUUGUGAGAGGAGCUGCAGUUGGAGCAAUAUCAGGAGCUGUUUUUUCAAUUGAAGUGUUUGAAUCUUCCCUUGUUCUUUGGCAAUCAGAUGAAUCAGGAAUUGGGUGUCUUCUGUAUUUGAUUGAUGUCAUUGCUAGUCUCCUAAGCGGUAGAUUAGUCCGCGAGCGGAUUGGCCCAGCCAUGUUAAGUGCAGUGCAAAGUCAGAUGGGUGCUGUGGAAUCAACCUUUGAUGAGAUCCCCAACAUCUUCGACACCGGCAGCUCCAAAGGGUUGCCCGGAGACUCAGUUGAAAAGAUCCCGAAGAUCAAAAUUACCUGCCACAACAAUGUGGAUGCUUCGGGGGAGAAAGUCUCCUGUUCAGUUUGUCUUCAGGAUUUUCAGAUUGGAGAGACAGUAAGAAGCUUGCCACACUGCCAUCACAUGUUUCACCUGCCUUGUAUAGAUAAGUGGCUCCUAAGCCAUGGCUCAUGCCCUCUCUGCAGAAGGGAUCUGUGAAUCUGAUGAUCUUCUUGUAAAUUACCAUAUGAGUAAAUGUUCUUUUAUUGACUAUACAAAUUUUGUACCCUUUUCAUCUGUAUUAUUAUUCACCAGGCUGCUCCAGUAGUUUCAUGCUACACUGUGAGUUAUGUAUAAAUUUUUUUUAUUUUGGUAGUUUUAAGUUUUUAUUGCACAAUAUCCCCUACUUUUUACAGUUUUACAGCACCCUUUUGGGAAUCUGGGAUCCUCUCAGGACCUUAGCGUCCAGAGCUUAAGAAUCAGAAAAUCUGGAUCUUUGGUUUGUGUGAAAGAGAAAUCGGAGCUCUUAGUUUGUAUGAGGUGAGCCAGCAGAAUAAGUUAAUGAGACCGUUGGAUUCAAUUUGAGUGGUCUAAAUUGACUGGUCCUUGAACUCUAGAUAGGUGAGUUCUGGAGUGAAUCACUGUACCUCUUUUGGUACUGCAAGGACAUUGUUGUACUGCUAUUUUAUUCUUACAAGACAUUUAUGAAAUUUCUAUGGUGAUU